CACUGGGAGGCCGGGCCAGGGGGCGGGGGUGGUGGUCUGUUAGUGGCGUUGGGCUUCGGCCGUGGUGGCAGUGGUUUCUUCUCUGCUCACGGGGAGCAGCUCAGGCUGGAGGCCAGCCAGCUCUUGCCGCCGCCUCGGUCGCGAUGGGGGCGCAGGACCGGCCGCAGUGUCACUUCGACAUCGAGAUCAACCGGGAGCCGGUUGGUCGCAUUAUGUUUCAGCUCUUUUCAGAUAUAUGUCCAAAAACUUGCAAAAACUUCCUUUGCCUAUGCUCAGGGGAGAAAGGCCUUGGGAAAACAACUGGGAAGAAGUUAUGUUAUAAAGGUUCUACAUUCCAUCGUGUGGUUAAAAACUUUAUGAUUCAGGGUGGGGACUUCAGUGAAGGUAAUGGAAAAGGUGGAGAAUCAAUUUAUGGUGGAUAUUUUAAAGAAGCCUGUUCCCAAGAUGAAAACUUUAUUCUCAAACAUGACAGAGCGUUCCUUUUGUCAAUGGCAAAUCGAGGGAAACAUACCAAUGGUUCCCAGUUUUUCAUUACCACAAAACCUGCUCCACACCUGGAUGGGGUGCAUGUUGUCUUUGGACUAGUUAUUUCCGGUUUUGAAGUAAUCGAACAAAUUGAAAAUCUGAAAACUGAUGCUGCAAGUAGACCUUAUGCCGAUGUGCGAGUUAUUGACUGUGGGGUGCUUGCCACGAAGUCAACAAAAGACGUUUUUGAGAAAAAAAGGAAGAAACCAACUCAUUCAGAAGUCUCGGAUUCCUCUUCCAAUUCCUCUUCCUCUUCAGAAUCAUCCUCAGAAAGUGAAAUUGAACAUGAGAGAAGCAGAAGAAGGAAACAUAAGAGGAGGCCAAAAGUUAAACAUUCUAAAAAGAGACGAAAGGAAGCAAGCAGUUCAGAAGAGCCAAGGAAUAAACAUAUAAUAAGCCCAAAAGGUCACUCUGAGAGGAGUGAUACCAAUGAAAAAAGGUGUAUCGAUUCAAAUGCUAAAAGGGAAAAGCCUGUGGUGCGCCCAGAAGAGAUUCCUCCGGUGCCCGAGAACCGAUUUUUACUAAGAAGAGAUAUGCCUCUUGUCACAGUGGAGCCUGAACCGAAGAUUCCUGAUAUUACACCCACCGUAAAUGAUCAGAAACCAUCUGUAUCAAAGUCUGGACGGAAGAUUAAAGGAAGGGGCACAAUUCGCUAUCACACACCUCCAAGAUCAAGAUCCUGUUCCGAAUCAGAUGAUGAUGAUAGCAGUGAAACUCCUCCUCACUGGAAAGAAGAAAUGCAGAGAUUAAGAGCAUAUAGACCACCUAGUGGAGAAAAGUGGAGUAAAGGAGAUAAGUUAAGUGACCCCUGUUCAAGCCGAUGGGAUGAAAGAAGCUUGUCCCAGAGAUCCCGAUCGUGGUCCUAUAAUGGAUAUUAUUCAGAUCUAAGCACAGCAAGACACUCUGAUGGUCACCAUAAAAAACGCAGAAAAGAGAAAAAGGUUAAGCAUAAAAAGAAAGCUAAAAAGCAGAAACAUUGCAGAAGGCACAAACAGACUAAGAAGAGAAGGAUUAUUGUACCAUCUGACAUAGAAUCCUUAAAAUCUUCCACCCGAAGAGUGAAAUCCUCAUGUGAUAGAGAAAGGAGAUCUCGUUCUUCCUCGUUGUCAUCUCAUCACUCAUCCAAGAGGGACUGGUCUAAAUCUGAUAAGGAUGACCACAGCUCUUCAACCCAUUCCAGCAGAGACUCAUACAGAUCAAAAUCUCACUCACAGUCUUAUUCUAGAGGAAGCUCAAGAUCAAGGACUCCGUCAAAAUCCUCAUCACAUUCUCGAAGUAGAUCAAAGUCCAGAUCUAGUUCUAAGUCAGGGCACCAAAGAACAGCAUCCAAAUCACCAAGAGGAACAGCCUCUCAGUUAAGUGAAAAUAAACCUGUUAAAACAGAACCUUUAAGAGCAACAGUGACACAAAAUGAAAAUGUUUUAGUACAACCAGUGGUGGCGGAAAAUAUUCCUGUAAUACCACUGAGUGACAGCCCCCCUCCUUCAAGGUGGAAGCCUGGACAGAAGCCCUGGAAGCCCUCUUAUGAACGAAUCCAGGAAAUGAAAGUUAAAACAACCCAUUUGCUGCCCAUCCAAAGCACUUAUGGUUUAGCAAAUGUUAAAGAGACUGGUAGUUCAUCAUCCUACCAUAAAAGAGAAAAAAAUUCAGAAAGUGAUCGGAGCGCUUAUUCAAAAUACAGUGAUAGAAGUUCAGAAAGUUCACCGAGGUCAAGGAGUAGAUCUUCUAGGAGUAGAUCUUAUUCCAGGUCAUACACAAGAUCUCGAAGUUUAGCUAGUUCACAUUCAAGGUCUAGGUCUCCCUCAUCUAGAUCUCAUUCACGAAAUAAAUACAGUGACCACUCACGGUGUAGUAGAUCAUUUUCAUACUCUUCUGUUAGCAGUGAUGAUGGAAGACGAGCCAAGAGAAAAUUUAGAUCCAAUGGGAAAAAAAAUAACACCUCCAAUAAAAGGCACAGCAGCAGCUCUGAAAAGACACUUCGUAAUAAAUAUGUCAGAGGCAGAGACAAGUCUUCAUGUCAUAGAAAGUACAGUGAAAGCAGGUCAUCUUUAGAUUAUUCUUCAGACAGUGAACAGUCAAGUGUUCGGGUUACACAGUCAGCCCAGGAAAAAGAGAAGCAAGUCCAAAUGGACAUGAAUAAUAAACAGGAGAAAAACAGAGGUGAAGAGAAAUCUAAGCCUGAACGGGAAUGCCCUCAUUCAAAAAAAAGAACUUUGAAAGAAAGUCCUUCUGAUCACUUUAGAAGUGGCAGUAAGCCCAAAAGGAAGAAUUAUGCUGGGAGUAAAUGGGACUCUGAGUCAAAUUCUGAACAAGAUGUAACUAAAAACAGUAAAAAUAAUUCCCGGCCAUCUUCUGAUAAGGAGGAAGGUGAAGCCACUUCAGAUUCUGAGUCAGAGUUGGGUGAAAUUCACAUCAAAACCAAACCAGCAACUAAGUCUUCAGCAGGUACUUUACUGCCUGAUGGUAAUAGUGCCUGGAAAUCAAGCAAACAGCGGUCAUCAACCUCUGAUUCUGAGGGGUUCUAUUCCAAUUCAGAAAACAGUAGAGGAAAACCCCACAAGCAUAAACACAGCUCUAAGGAGCAUCUUAAAAGGGAACAUACCAAAAAAGCAAAAGAGAAAUUGAAAGGGAAAAAAGAGAAAAAACACAAGGCUCCAAAACGAAAACAAGCGUUUCACUGGCAGCCUCCACUAGAAUUUGGUGAAGAGGAGGAGGAGGAGAUUAACGAAAAGCAAGUUACUCAGGAAGCAAAAGAGAAAAAACAACUUUCUGAAAACAGGGAAGCCGUAAAAGAAAAUAUUCCCCAAACUGAGAAGCCCUGUGAAGAUGGCAGUCUUUCAGGUAAACAUAAUCCAAUAACGGUUUCAUCAGAUACUGAUCAGCCUACUAAAGAUGAUAGUAAACUCAGUGUGUCUCCCGCAGCUUUAAACGCUGAGGAAAACGUGGUCAGUUCUCCCCCGAACAUUCAGCAUAUUGAAGAGAGCAUCCCAAGCGGAGUGGAGGAUCUGCUUCAAACAGAUGACAACAUGGAGAUUUGCACUCCUGAUAGGAGUUCCCCAGCAAAGGCCGAGGGGGCUUCCCCUCUAGGAAAUUCAAGGCUUGACACCCCGGAUAUAAGCAUUGUUCUAAAGCAGGAUAUGCCAACAGAGCAUCCUGAGGCAGAGUUGGGAAAACAGGAAAGCAGCAUGUCAGAAAGCAAAAUGGUGGGUGAGGUGGGAAAGCAGGACAGCAGCUCCGCCAGCUUGGCCACUGCUGUAGAAAGCACUGUGAAGAGAGAGGUGGCUGAGAAAAGCCAGACCAGCCUCAUGGAUAAUAAAUGGAAGCCCCUGCAAGGUGUGGGGAACCUGGCAGCACCGUCUGCUACUACAUCAAGUGCUGUGGAAGUUAAGGCACUGACUACUGUGCCUGAAAUGAAACCACAAGGCUUGAGAAUAGAAAUUAAAAGCAAAAAUAAAGUUCGGCCUGGGUCUCUCUUUGAUGAAGUAAGAAAGACAGCACGCUUAAACCGGAGGCCAAGAAAUCAGGAGAGUUCGAGUGAUGAGCAGACGCCUAGUCGGGAUGGCGAUAGCCAGUCCAGGAGUCCAAGCAGAUCUCGAAGUAAAUCUGAGACCAAGUCAAGGCACAGAACAAGGUCUGUCUCCUACAGUCACUCAAGGAGUCGAUCGAGAAGUUCCACAUCAUCUUAUCGAUCAAGAAGCUACUCCAGAAGUCGGAGCAGAGGGUGGUACAGCAGAGGCCGCACAAGAAGCCGGAGCAGUUCCUACCGCAGUUACAAAAGCCAUAGGACGUCCAGCAGGAGCAGAUCCAGGAGCAGCUCGUACGAUCCCCACAGUCGGUCCAGAAAAGAAACUAUAACAUUUUUCUGUUUAAUACGGUCCUACACCUACGAUAGCUACUAUAGCAGGAGUCGGAGUCGAAGUAGAAGCCAGAGGAGCGACAGUUAUCACCGAGGCAGAAGCUACAAUAGGCGGUCCAGGAGUUGUAGAUCUUAUGGCUCUGACAGUGAAAGUGACCGAAGUUACUCUCAUCAUCGGAGUCCCAGUGAAAGCAGCAGAUAUAGUUGAAAGUGUCCCCUUUUUUUGAUACAAAUUGGAUCUUAUUUGUAAAUAUCUGGUCACUUAGAAGUUGAAGAAACUUAAUGGCAGUCUGUUGUUCUGUUUCAAUAUUAGAGAUGAAGUUGAAAAAUAGACACUUAUAAUUGUUAUUUGUUCAUUUACAUGUGCGUAGAAUUUAAAAUACAGAUAUGUCUCCUAAAAAUAUUUGUAUGCCACAUUUUACAGUAGCCAACUAUGGAAAUGAAUUUCAUUUUCUUGAAUCAAGAAAUCAUGAAAUUUAAAUAUAAUUUGCAAUAUUAUUUUAGCUAGAUUAUUUCUCUCCAUCUCAUGUAUUUCUUAGAAUACAGAUUCUUUUUGCCCGUUUUUAAGGUUUUAGCAUGUACGCUGCCAAGCAUAGAACUGUGAAGGAGAACUGUGAAAGGUGACCAAAUACUUGUAUACCAAUUACACAGAACCUUAUACAUGUGUGCUCUUAAAAACAAACUGCCCAGAACUGAUACUGAUGGUAGCCAGGAGUAUAAGGCAGUGGCUCUGGGGUUCUUAAUUCAUUCCUUACUUCUUUGUUGUCUCAGAGGAUCAGAAAAGUAGUCACCAUACAGCCCAGUGUAUUAUUUCAGGCUGGCGGGUGAGGUUAAGAAGAGUAAAUCAGCCUUAACUAUAAAUACCUGCACUGUCUCUAAAGCCCUAAUGUUUUAUGUGCUUUCUAAUAAAUACUAUGGAGUUCGGUUUGUAAAAAGACAAUUCUAUUCCAGUUCAUGCUUUGGUGCUUGGUACCUUUUGGUGCAUUAUUCUUACAUACUAUACAUUAGAAUUCCGUCAGAGAGAGAAAUGAAUUUUUAAAAAUUCCUUGGCACCAAACAUGGGUCCUUCUAAGCUCUAUUCACUUUAAAUAUUUGGAGGGCCUCUCUCAAGCACAGGUGUGGGCUGGAGGCCGUGGAGCAGGCAGGAUUGGCAUGGGGUUGUGUGGCCACUGGGGUCUGCUGCACAGAACUGAUGCGUGUGUCCCUGGAGGAGUUGAUUGGAGAGUGGACUUCAAAAGUAACACCAAGAUCUCCCUGCCACCAUCCUGGGCACAUUUUGCAGGGCUUUACUUUUAAGUCUUUCAAGUAAGAGGCAGAUGCAAGAGCAGUUGAACUGUUCUCAGCACCCGCCAGCAUGUUUCCCUGUUUCAGUGGCCUGCACUGACUCAGUGAAGCCUUGUGUGAGAUGGUAAACCUACGACAACAGACAGGGAAUCGGGGUGUGCAGUACUGCAUAGAUUACACACUUUCACAGUCUUGGGUGGUUCCUGCAAAAAUGAUUUGACCUGUAAAAACUGGUGAGAUUUUUUUUUUUUGCGGUACGCGGGCCUCUCACUGUUGUGGCCUCUCCCAUUGUGGAGCACAGGCUCUGGACACGCAGGCAGGCUCAGCGGCCAUGGCUCACGGGCCCAGCCGCUCUGCGGCAUGUGGGAUCUUCCCAGACCGGGGCACAAACCCGCGUCCCCUGCAUCGGCAGGCGGACUCUCAACCACUGUGCCACCAGGGAAGCCCUGGUGAGAUUUUUUUUAACCUUUAGUUUGAGUUUUUUCCCCAAGUGUACUUAAUCACCUUAGUGCCAGUUUAAUCCAGUUAUGCAGAAGAAAUUCAUAUUGGAUGUUUGAUGCAGAACUCUGUGCCAUCCUACCCCAGGGCUUGCCUGGUGUACUUGGGAAGUGGGAAAGAGCCCUCAGUUGGAGGGAUCUGACCACCCCUGAUGGAUGGAGGGGUGACCUUGGAUAUAUUAAAACCAUCACCCAUAAAAGGUUCAUAAACAGGGUUGUGGCCAGUUGUUUGCCAAGUUGAUAGAUGAGAAUACAUUAGAAAAUAGGACCUAAGUCAAACAAACAUACUUGAUAGUGAAUACAAAACAAUGUGCGAUCAUAUGAAGGGUUUUCAGAAGUUGCCUACAGAGGAGAAUAUUGCUUUAAUAAUAUGCAGUGGAAAGAAACUGCAUUUAGAACCCAAACAAAAACUGCCAAAUCUAAUUACGUUAAGAAGAGUUACCUUUGGGCAGUGUAUUAGUUUUCUAUUGCUGUGUAACAAAUGACCCCAAACUUUGCAGCUUAAAGCGGCACUCAUUUCUUAGCUUACAGUUCUGUAGCUCAUGAGUCCCGCACAGUAUGGCUGGAUUCUCUGCUCAGGGUCUCACAAGGCUGAAAUCAAGGGUCAGCAGGGCAGCAUUCCUUUAUGGAGGCUCUGGGGAAGAAUCUGCUUCCAAGUUCAUUCAGAUUGUUAGCAGUAUUCAGUUCCUUGCUGGCUGUCAGCCGGGGUCCUCUUUCUCGGCUCCUUAAGGCUGCUCACAUUCCUUCUUGUGUGCUUCCCUCCAUCUUCAAACCAGCAAUGGCCCAUCGAGGGCUUCUUCUCAUGCUUCAGGUCUCUCUGCCUUCCUCCUCUGUUUUAAGGUUUGUGUGAUUAGAUCAAGCCCACUGAGAUAGUCUCCCUGUGUUAAGGUCAGCUGUGCCACAGAACAUAAUCACAGAAGCGGUAUCACAUUUACAGGUUCCUGGGAUUGGGGCAUGAAAUAGGAGGAGGGGCAUUUUAGAAUUCUGCCUCCCACAGGCAAUAACUUCGCCUGUUGUGCUGUGGGUAGAAUUUUACCCUGAAAAGGUGGGCCCUAGAAGCCUCGUUUGUUUUCUCCAUGGAAAAGGACAGCCCUCAGCUGCAGCAUUCAACUUGUGUGUUUACUGAAUGGACUACAGAAAUAGCUUUUCUUCAUAAAGGGGAUUGUUCUGUAUUUUAAGUUACUUUUUAAAUAAAAUUGAAUUAUGUGUAUUGUGCUUCUUAAUAGACAAGGCAUUAUUGGACUGGUUUUGUAAUGUCCUGUUUACUGCAAAUGAAACAUGAUAUAGCUGGUAUUGUUCAAAAACUGUAGAAAAUACUUUUGUACAUAUUGGUAAUGUCUGAUUUGUAUACACUUCAUUUAAAUUUCCCUAAAACUGGAAAGGGGGGCCUUGUAGACAUUAAAAUAUAUACUUAGUCUAAGUUUGAGUCUGUGCAUGUUUC